GUGACAUUACCCGAGUUGUCUAUGGAGGCUGUGGGCAGAGAUGGCCAUCCGUAGUGUAUUAUGCACGCGCAAAUGUCUCUGCAAUUCGUUCAAGUUACAUCCAACACUGAGCAGCAACAGGUUCUCGCCUCGCCUCCUCAGCGUAGCGGCGGAACAGCACAGUGCAGGUGACAGCAGUUAUGGAGAUGACACGAGUGAUGGAGAGAGCCAUUCGGUCACACAUGUCAGGACGCUGGAGAAGAAAGCCACCAAACUAGAAGAACAAGUUCGAGACCUCACGGAAAGGAAUAAGAGAGCCUUAUCAGAUUCCAACAAUGUCCGCAGAAGGACCCAGAAGUUUGUCGAGGAUGCAAAACUCUUUGGAAUUCAGAGUUUUUGCCGCGACCUGGUGGAGGUGGCAGACCUCCUGGAGCAGACCACCAGGCUAGCAGAGGCCUCCGGCACCCAGACAGACCCCCAGGAGCUGCGGCACAUACAGGGACGACUGCUGGACAUCUUCACCAAGCACGGCCUGGAGAAGAUGAGCCCCUUGGGGGACACGUACGACCCCUACCAGCACGAGAUCGUGUGCCACAUGCCCGCCGAGGGGGCAGAGCCGGGCACCAUCACCGUGGUCAAGCAGAACGGCUACAAGCUACACGGGCGCACCAUCCGGCACGCUCACGUAGGUAUCGCUGUGAAGACGCAGGAGUAGUGUUGAAGCAAGGGCUGUUACACACACAGUGCCAUCUCAUAUGAAUUGUGAAUUGCCUUCUUUUUUUUUUCUUUUCAAUUUGAUUGGGCGCUCCACUUUGUAAUCAAGGGCUGUGACAUGUUUUCUGAUAUUAUUAUUUUACUGUUGUACUUUCUCUUCUUUUUUCGUCUUUUUUUAUUAUUAUUAAAUUUAGGGCUUUUUUGGCUUUAUUUUUGACUGGACAGUGGGGAGAGAGACAGGGAAGGAUCGGCAAAUGACCCGGGCCGGAAUAGAACCUGGUUCGCCGUCGUAGUAACCCAGUGCCCUACUGUUAAGCCAUGGCAGGGCCUUUUUUCUUAUUUCUUAUUUCUUAUUUCUCCGUCCAAUGUUACAUAAAUUUAAGUCUGGACAACGCUCUGACAUUUGAGAAUGUUUUUUGAGUUGUUUUUAAUCAUUAUUAUUUUGGGAGACUUAGUAAUCCGACAAUUGUUCUUUAUGCUGUGUGUACAACACAAGUUGUACAUGUGGUACAACUUUUACAAAGAAGUUGGGAUAUGGUUGAAGAAGGAAUCAUUGUUUUGUUUUAUACGUAAUGUUUUAUGUACGGAAGGUUUUGUGGGAUUAGAUGGUUAAGCACGAAUGCUGCAGGAGACAAGCUCUCCAACGAUGCCCAAAGAGAAUUUGUAGAAUGUCUUCCUCUAUUGUCACUGCAUUCUAGAAUGUAUUCUAUGGUAAUACAAGAUGUCCCUUUUUUGUAUCGGUGUGUAUUUGUGUGAGUUAAAAAAAUACUAUUUAAUUCCCAGAUUAAUAUUAAGAUGAAAAGAAAUAUUGUUCAGUAUAAUAAAUUAAGUUUACAGUGCACAUGGGAGAUAAAAGUAAAAAUAUAUGUAUACAUGUAGAGAGUUUUGAAAGUUUUGAGCCUGUUGCUUGUUAGUUUAAACUGUUAUGUAGGUAUAUAAUGUAUCAUAGAUAUUUGCUCUAUUUUCAGAUGGAAUGUUUUUUUAAAAACAUGCUAUUUGUACAAUAUAAAGCAUCAACUGGAACUUCA